UCUGCCAGAUGCAAUGCUCCAGCCAGAACGGAGCGAAGGUAGGCAGGCUGCAUGGGAGGCAGCGCUCUUCUGGCAAACGGGUGACGAGGCAGAGAGAGAGAGUACCCUCCGUUGCUGUCUUCUCCUCCCUUGGCACUGAGAGCAUGUUUGAUUUUGCCUGUCUUUGAAGUUAUGGAGUUGGACAACAAACUUGAGCUGGACGGCCACCAUGAGUCUCUCGCUGGCAGGAUGGGCCGGCGGCGCAGUAUGCCUGGGAGUACGGUGGACAAAACGGUCAUCGCUAUGGAUCCAGAAACGUCAACACCUUUUAAAGUCACGGGCUUUCUGAGUCGCAGACUGAAGGGCUCCAUUAAACGCACCAAAAGCCAGCCGAAGCUCGACCGCCACAGCAGCUUCAGGAACAUCUUACCGGGCUUCAAGAGCGCGGAGAAUGACGGUAGAUCCCAUCUGAUGCCGAGGCUGAAGGAAUCACGGUCUCACGAGUCGUUGCUCAGCCCCAGCAGUGCAGUAGAAGCUCUAGAUCUCAGCAUGGAGGAGGAAGUGCUCAUCAAACCUGUGCACAGCAGCAUCCUGGGACAGGAUUUCUGCUUUGAGGUAACUACUUCAACAGGAAGCAAAUGCUUCUCAUGUCGGUCAGCUGCAGAGAGAGACAAAUGGAUGGAGAAUUUGAGACGUGCUGUGCAUCCCAACAAGGAUAACAUCCGUCGGGUGGAAAACAUGCUGAAAUGUUGGAUUAUCGAAGCUAAGGAUUUGCCUGCAAAGAAAAAAUACUUCUGUGAACUUUGUCUGGAUGAUGCGUUAUAUGCACGGACUACCUGCAAACUCAAAACGGACAAUGUUUUCUGGGGCGAGCACUUUGAGUUCAACGACCUACCCUCGGUUAAGAGUAUCACCGUGCAUCUUUACAAGGAAACAGACAAAAAGAAAAAGAAGGACAAAAAUAAUUACGUGGGCCUUGUCAAUAUCCCUGUAGCAGCAGUCACCGGGCGGCAGUUUGUGGAAAAGUGGUAUUCUGUGAGCACGCCGAAUCCCAAUAAAGGAAAGAGUCCGGGACCCAUGGUCCGAAUGAAAUCCCGAUAUCAGAGCAUGAGCAUCCUCCCCAUGGAGCUGUACAAGGAGUUUGCAGAGUAUAUUACUAACAAUUAUAUGUUAAUGUGCUCAGUUCUGGAGCCAGCGCUAAGUGUGAAGAACAAGGAAGAGAUGGCUUGUGCACUUGUCCAUAUCUUGCAAAGCACAGGCAAGGCCAAGGACUUUCUGACAGAUCUGAUGAUGUCGGAGGUGGAUCGGUGCGGAGACAAUGAGCAUCUCAUAUUCCGUGAAAACACACUGGCUACUAAAGCUAUAGAGGAGUACCUGAAGUUAGUGGGACAGAAGUACCUUCAGGACGCUUUAGGUGAGUUCAUCAAAGCCCUGUAUGAGUCAGACGAGAACUGCGAGGUGGAUCCGUCCAAGUGCUCCUCCAGUGACCUGCACGAGCACCAGAGCAACCUCAAGAUGUGCUGUGAGCUGGCUUUCUGCAAGAUCAUCAAUUCUUACUGCGUGUUUCCUCGGGAGCUCAAAGAAGUGUUUGCAUCCUGGAGGCAGGAGUGCAGUAACCGAGGCCGACCGGACAUCAGCGAACGCCUGAUCAGUGCAUCUCUUUUCCUGCGCUUCCUGUGUCCUGCCAUCAUGUCGCCCUCGCUCUUCAGCCUCAUGCAGGAAUAUCCUGACGACCGCACCGCCCGCACACUGACACUCAUUGCCAAAGUGACACAAAACCUCGCCAACUUCACCAAGUUUGGCAGCAAGGAGGAGUACAUGUCCUUCAUGAAUCAGUUCUUGGAACAUGAAUGGACCAGCAUGGAGCGCUUCCUGCUGGAGAUCUCCAACCCCGAGACCAUCUCAAACACGGCAGGCUUCGAGGGUUACGUUGACCUGGGCCGUGAACUCUCCACACUCCAUUCUCUCCUGUCCGAAGCCAUCUCACAGCUCGAUCAGAGUACUAUUACUAAGCUGGGUCCUUUAGCACGGAUCUUGCGGGAUGUGAAUUCAGCCCUGACGAACCCCACCGGACCCCCUGUGUCAUCUCCCACCGAGCGUGUGGGUUCCCCCACUCUACCCAGCAGCAGCCUGUCUACCGGUCUGCAGAAAAUGGUCAUGGACAGUGAGAUCACAGGGUUGGUGGAUUUCACACGGCUGCCCUCACCGACCCCCGAAAACAAGGAUCUGUUUUUCGUAACAAAGAAUUCUGUGAUCCAGCCGUCACCUGCCCGCAGUUCCAGUUACUCGGAGACCAACGAGCCAGAAGUUCAGAUCCCCAACGGCAGCAAGAGCUUGUCAAUGGUGGACCUGCAGGACAGUCGUUCUCUUGAGAGCGCGCCCAACACCUCCUUCAGCGACCCCAUCAAUGACAGCCAGACCUCCGUUGGCCAGAGCACAGGGAUGUGGACCACCCGCACCGCUAAGGGCAACACACCCAGUGGUCCGACCCUGAGGAGGGCAGGCCAGACCCCCACUACACUGAGUACAGAAACCGCCCCAGGAAGGUCCCAGCUGCUUGCCCCGCUCUCGUUUCAGAACCCCGUUUACCAGAUGGCCACCGGAUUGCCCCGCACAGUGGCCGAUUCUGGAUCUGAAUGCCAGAGCUCCAUCAGCUCCCAGAGUAACGCAGAGGAAGCAGCUACUGCAGGGUCAAAGCACCCAUUCCUGAGCCAGUCUAGCACGGGGGCCAGUGGCGGAGGGGGCAGCAAUGGGGACGAGUUCAUUCGGUGCUCUGGAGAGUUCGCCCGCAGACAACUGUCCCUCACAGAGACCCAACACCAAGCCAACGUACCACGCCAAAACAGCACAGGGCCGCAGCGCAGGAUAGACCAGCCGCCUCCAACCGUCACAAGGGGCCGCACUCCACCCAACAUGCUCAACACUGCACCGUACCCCCGCCCCUCCAGUGGAAGUAUGAUGUCAUCAUCUCCUGACUGGCCCAGCAGUGGCACCAGACUGAGGCAGCAGUCGUCGUCCUCCAAAGGGGACAGUCCAGAAUCUAAACAGCGCACCCUACACAAACAAGCUCCGUCUCCUGUGAAUCCCAAUGCGUUGAACCGCACUGCUGCUUGGCUGCUGAAUAUGAAUGUGCAAUAUUUGGAGCAGGAGGCAAUUGACCCAGAUUCGAAACACCGGGAGGACUUUCCAAACAAGGAGGAUCUCACACCAACUGAAAAGUAUCAGCAGGAGGUUGCGGUCCUGCAGGAAAAGCUGCGUAUUUCUGCUAAGAAGCUGGAGGAGUAUGAAUCUCACAUAAAGAGCCAGGAUGACCAAACCCAGACGAUGCUCUUGGAGUACCAGUCCCGGCUUGAGGACACGGAGGAGAGAUUACGGAAGCAGCAGGAUGAGAAAGAGCACCAGAUGAAAAGCAUCAUCACCAGGUUGAUGUCAGUUGAAGAGGAGCUGAAGAAAGAUCACACAGACAUGCAGGCCAUUGUAGACUCCAAACAGAAAAUCAUCGAAGCCCAGGAGAAGAGAAUCGCAUCCCUGGACGCUGCAAAUGCCCGGCUAAUGAGUGCUUUGUCUCAGCUGAAGGAUCGUUACAGCAUGCAAACGAGGAACGGCAUCUCUCCCACAAACCCUACCAAGCUGCAGAUCACAGAAAACGGUGAAUUCCGGAACAGCAGCAACUGUUAGCGUGGACACAAACACACAAAGGCCUAUGGGCCUAGUGACGGUCAAGGGCUAUGGGUAACUCUCUUACAGUACGGAAAAAAGGUGCACCGGCGGGGUUAAAUUUACUUCACAAAGUCCCUAGUACUGGGUCGAAAGGAACUCUUUUGGGGAACUAAUUGGAGUUGCACAAUGUUGUUUUUUGCUCAGUAUUUAAAGGCUAAUGUGUCUUUUUGAAUCCUUUUAGAUUAGCCACGAAAAGAUGUCCCAUGAUGCUUCAUUCAUAGCCGUUGUCAAGAGAGCCGCUUGGUCACCGAUAUAAGCCGUGACCAAACUCUGUAUCACCUCUAGAUUUGAACUGUGCAUAUACACCUUUUGAUUGGACUUAGCAUGAUGGUAACAAAUCAUAUUGUAUGUUAUUAUUUGUUGAAAAACUAUUUUCUUUUUAUUGUACCUUUAAUGAAAACAUAAUUUUCUUA